AUGCAAAAAGAAAUUAAAAGUGUACUCAAUAGCGCAGAUAAAAUUUUUGAUGUUGUUUUCGAUUCUAAUGCAUCAGUGGUAGAAAAUUUUAUUAUUGUUACGUUUAAUGAUCCAGGAACAAUUUUGCGCAAUGAUACCAAAGAUCGCGAUGUAUUUAAGAAGUCAUUAAAGUCAAUAACAGUUCACGGUGGUGGCGACUGUCCGGAGUUAGCGAUGUCUGGAAUAGAAUUAGCACUUAAAGCAAGUCGCCCUGGUUCCUAUGUAUACGUUUUCACAGAUGCUACUGCAAAGGAUUACGCUAAGUUUGAGAAAGUAAAAAAAAUAGCGAUAGAAAAAGAGAUACAGAUUGUGUUCGUGAUAUCGGGCAUGUGCUCGAAAUAUAACGCCACAUCUCCUGGAUAUCAAGUUUAUGAGAAGUUAGCUGAAGCUACAUCAGGCCACAUUUUUACUGUCGGAAAAAGUCAAGUGGAACAGCUAUUAAAUUACGUCGCAAGAGUGGUAGAAAAUAGAAAAACGGAAUUGGCUAGAAAGAAGUUUCCUCCUGGAUACGGGUACAAAUUUAACUGUACAAUAGAUAGUGAGAUUUCGGCCUUGGAUGUAUCUGUGACAGGAAAUCGGCCAAAUGUGAAUAUAAUAGAUGGCGAUGGCAAUACAGUUAAAGUAAAUAAUACAGUGAAUAUUUCAAAUGUAAAGGUUGUCAACGUAGUAGAUCCAAAACCAGGUGUUCAUAGUUUCGAAGUAGGAAGUAAAAGUGAUACAGCAGUGACUGUGCUUGGUACAACAAAUGUUGAUUUUCAAUACGGAUUCUCCACUAUUAAGCCCUCUUCAAGAAACGAUACAACAAAUCAACCUAUCCCAGGCCGAAAAUCUUAUUUGUCUAUUAAACUUAUAACUAAAGGAGAAAAAAUAAAACUACAAAAAGUACAAUUGUUGGAUACUGAAAGUAAUAUUAUUUUAGAAGAGCCUCUGAGGACUGUCAAUACUGAAGAUCAAUUUUAUAUCACAAAGCAAAUUAGUCCCCCAGAACAAAUUUUCAAAAUUAGGAUUGAAGGAGUCAAAGAAGACACGAAUGAAACCAUACACAGAUUAUAUAGCUCACCCGUGGCACCGCAAAUGCUUUCAGAUGAACCCAUAGAGAACAAGACACCUAUAGCCAAUAUCAUGGGAGAAACAAGUAUAGUUUCCAAUUAUGGUCAUCCUUUGCAGUUAAAAUGUAGCGUGGCUGGAUAUCCAGAACCUAAAAUUGUAUGGGAAGACAAAUUAGGUUCAUCAUUGACAUUUACGGUCUCACCAAAAAGACUUCCAUAUGAAUAUAUUAGUGUGUUAGAUAUAGAUCAUAUUAUCACGAAUAAUACUUAUAUUUGUAAAGCGAGCAACGACUUUGGAAAUAAUGAGAUAUCUGUUGACGUAAAAAUAAAAACUCAAUUUGAAGUUUUGAAUAUUUCUAAAGAUAAAACUGUUAAAUACAACGAGAAGGAAAUUUUAAAUUGUAAAGUAAAUGCAGUCCCUCCUGCAAAUAUUACUUGGUAUCUAAAUGGAAAGGAAGUUGAGAUGAAUAAUGAAAUAAGUAUGUCAUCUGAUCGAUCUUCAUUGUUUAUCAAACAAAUGAAGCCAAAUUACGCCGGAAAAUUUAUGUGCGAGGUACGGAACAACUUAAAAAGAGCUGUCUAUUAUAUAAAACUAUCAAUUACAGAUAUUGAAUAUCCAAAAAUAGAUAAAAAUGUUACUGAAAUUUCUGUCGGUAUAGGAUCCAGCAUGAGUAUAUUAUGCAGAGUUUUGAAAGGUAAACCAACGCCGACGAUUUACUGGUCUUUUAAACACGAAAAAAAUGAUGUAUUUAACAAGAUUAAGGAACAUACUGAAAACUUAUACAUUGAGAAUAUAAAUUUAGCCAUGGUUGGCACCUACAAAUGUGUAGCAAAAAAUGAAAUCGGCGAAGACAUUCACGUCGUAGACUUAGUUGUUGAAUAUGCUCCUAUUAUUAAAGAUAGGAAACAUAAGACAUUAAUCCAAAAGAUUGGUCAAAAAACCACAAUCAAAUGCUUAGUAGAGGGAGUACCAAUACCAGACGUUACAUGGUCAUUUAAUGGAACAGAAAUAAGCGAUGGAAACCAGUACCGCAUAUACAGGGAUAACACUUUAAGAUUCAAGGCCUCUGUUAGAAAUUCGGGGCAAUAUAUAUGUAAAGCUGUAAACAAAUUAGGUUCCACUAAUAAGACUACGACAGUUAAAGUUUUUGAACCAGUGACUAUAGAUGUACCUACAGAUACUAAUAUAAAGGUGCAGGUUGGAAGUAACCUCAAUUUAUCUUGUAAAGUCAAAGGCUAUCCAAGUCCUAUUAUUAAAUGGCUAUUCACUUCAUCAAAAACGAAUGUUAAAAGAUAUUUGAAUACUUCUGAAUUGUUAGUAAUUUCAAGAAUUCAGCUUCACGACGACGGAUUUUACAUUUGUACAGCCAAGAACUUUGGGGGUUAUGUUAGGCUAACAUAUACAGUUCACGUAGAUGGUAAAUUAAUUAAGUUUUAA